AAAGUUUUCAUUUAUUAUUUUUCUCUUUUUCUUUUUCUUUACUAUACAUUUUUAUAAUUUUGGUUUACUUUAUUAUUUUAUUGAAUUAUCAAAACGCAUUUUGACGCACGCUAUCAUCACCAACACAAUGGCUAUAUUACCCAAGGCUGCCAAGACAACUGUAAGUAAAAUUAUAUUAAAAAAAGUAGACAAAACUACCGAGGAAUACGCGUUUAAGAAAACAAUAAAAGCAAUGGAUCCAAACGAUGCUAGCGUACAAUAUCUCAAGUCGGCUCCCGAGUACAAAAAUUUUAUCAAGAGCAAAAACAGUACCAGAAGCGAAAGCUUUGAUGAUCUUAAGUCAUCCCAAGUGUUUAAAAACUUGGUUGAAACCCCCAACUUUCUCGAGGUCAAAAAGCAUCAUAACCCUUCUACUACAUAUAAAUUUUUUAAAAAAGGCAACAAUAUUAUAUUAAAGGGAAAUAAAACUGACUCAAUACUAAACAUGCUUUUAUUUCUUAAAGAAACGUAUGAUUUUACAGAAAUUCAAUAUCGAUCCGAACAUGAUAAGGCUGUGCCUAUAAACAUGAAAACCAUAGAACAAUUAGUAACAAUAAAGUAUGGAGAAUUAUUUUGUGAAACAACCAAUUGUAAUACUAAAAAGAAGCAUGAAUUUAUGAUUGUAUUGGUCAAUUAUAAGGAAAGGAUAUCUAAAGAUAAAAAUAAACGAGUAAGUUUAAUAAAAAAAACUAGAUCUGCACUAAAUUUUUCUGAUAUAAAUAUGAUUCCACAAAAAGUGGCUAUAAAGGCAACAAAUGAUAAAUCAACCAAUCAUAAACCUCUUGAAAUAAAUAUUGAGUUUUUUCCAUAAUAAAUAUAUCCGAGUUGUCAAACAACAUUGCAUAACAAUGCUAAGGUAUAAUAACUCGUUUAUUUUUUGUUUAAUAAAAUUGAAGUAUA